AGUCACCUAUCGCGCAUGUGUCCGGAACUCUGCCCGCCCGGCCUCUCGAGAGCAACGCGCUGAGCGAGGAAGGGUGCACCGCCAAAAUAGUCUAUUUUAACGCUUAAUUUCCCUUCUAGCGUCUUCACAAUCACAACCGAACGCAAACAUGUCAGGGGACGAGAUGAUAUUUGACCCCAACAUGACCAAAAAGAAGAAGAAAAAGAAGAAGCCUUUCAUGCUGGAGGAAGAUGGAGGAGAGGGCGAUGAAGGCCAGCAACUGGAGAUGAAAGAGACCGAGGCUGAUGUAGGGGAGGAGAAAGAGAUAGAUUUUGAUGAAGAUGAGGGGAGGAAGAAAGAAACAUCAGAUGACCUGGACGACCUGAACUUCUUCAACCAGAAGAAAAAGAAAAAGAAAUCGAAAAAAGACAAGAUUUUUGAUGCUGAGCUUGAAGAAGGAAUGAAGGAGCUGAAGAUUGAAACCGAGCCAUCAGAGACAUUUGAGGACGAUGACUUAAUGCUGCCCGCUAAGAAAAAGAAAACAAGAAAAGUCAAAGAUUUCCAAGAUGACACAGACAGUCAGAGCAAAGAUGAUGGUGUUGAAGAUGACGACAGUAAAAACACAGAUGACAUCACAUUCAGCACACAGACGGGUCCUGCCUGGGCGGGUUCAGAGAGAGACUACACAUAUGAUGAGCUUUUGAACAGAGUCUUUAACAUCAUGCGGGAAAAAAAUCCAGACAUGGUUGCAGGAGAGAAGAGGAAGUUUGUGAUGAAGCCUCCUCAGGUUGUCAGAGUUGGCACAAAGAAGACCUCCUUUGUAAAUUUCACAGACAUCUGCAAGCUGUUGCACCGACAGCCAAAACAUCUUUUGGCUUUUUUGCUGGCUGAGUUGGGUACAAGUGGGUCUAUAGAUGGAAAUAAUCAGCUUGUCAUUAAAGGCAGAUUCCAGCAGAAACAGAUAGAGAAUGUCUUACGAAGAUAUAUAAAGGAAUAUGUCACAUGCCACACGUGUCGGUCUCCUGACACAAUCUUGCAGAAGGACACGCGUCUGUACUUCCUGCAGUGCGAGACGUGUCACUCCCGAUGCUCAGUUGCCAGCAUCAAGACCGGCUUCCAGGCCGUGACGGGCAAGAGAGCACAGUUGCGUGCCAAAGCCAACUAACGCCUGUCCCGUUAUCAUCACCCACCUUGACAUCUGUGCUACAUGGCCAAACUCAACAAAUAGACUCAAUACCAGAUUCCACCAGAAUCUACACUAGAACAGAGUUUUAAUAAAAUACCUGAAAUCUCUAUGAGCUCCUUUGAGCUAUAGGAUUGCAUAUGCACAUGGAAAUCUAGAAUUUACAGAGUCUUCAUUUGUUUGGAUUGGCUUUGUGGGCUUACAGUGGCUUUGAUAUUUUAAGGGAGGCUUGGAGGAUUUUAUGAAUGAACUGUUGGUGAAUUUGUUGUUGCUGUAUUACCUUAAAAAGAAAACAACUGAAUAAAAUGCAUACCAGCUGGGCAAA